UACGUAAGAAAAAGUAGCGCUGAUACAACAUACACUGAUCAGCAAUUCCACUAGUAUGUAAGUUUUGUAAUUCUCCAAUUGUACAAUGUUAAGGCUAGUGGUUUUGUCUGCCUUAACAGCGCUAGUGUCAAGCCGAAAUGUAAUAUAUUUCCUUCAGGCCGAAGAAUUAGAUUGGGAUUAUGCUCCUUCAGGUCAGGACCUCGUCAAUGACGAUCAAACCAAUGCUGGAUUGUACCUGCAAAGAAGAGUGUACCGAAAGGUUGUUUACCGACAGUAUCUGGACUCUUUAUACACAGAAAGAGCUUCACGAGCAGAACAUCUCGGUAUCCUUGGACCAACAUUAAGAGCAAAUUUUGGGGAUUCUAUAACAGUACACUUCCGGAACACAGCUAGUCAUCCUCAUUCAAUUCAUCCUACACGAUUGUCUUACACAAAGCAAAAUGAAGGAAGUCAAUAUGACGAAUUAUACGAAUUCCUGCCACAGCCCGACGACGCCGUUUCUCCAGGUCAGACGUUUACGUAUCAUUGGAACGUGACUACUCUCAACAUGCCACCACCGGACGUCACGUGUGUAUCCGGCUUGUACUACUCUGACACUGAUAGAGUUCGUGACGUCAAUAGUGGUCUGGUCGGUUUUCUUAUCUUGUGUAACGGAGAUGACGUCAGUGAGUCUGAAAAUCUGCACAUACUCUUACAAAGUUUUGACGAAAACUUGAGCUGGUACCCAGAUUCUACAGAUUCAGCACAGGAGAGUAACAUAAUGCAUUCUGUCAAUGGAUUUGUAUUUGGGAACCUUCCUCCAGUUCAUGUCUGCACCGGGGAUGAAGUGACUAUGCACUUUGGUAGUUUGGGAAGUGCAGCGGAACCUCAUACCGUGAGAAUACACGGACAUAGCUUUGUCUACAGAGGUAAAAGGCAACCUUCCUUGCCCGUUAUUUCUGGACUCACGGUUGAUGCUCAGUUCCUAGCAAUGGAACCCGGAAGUUGGCUAAUGACGUCACAAAAUCCGAAACUAAUGAAAGCUGGAAUGCAAGCGAUGCUAGUUAUCGAGGACUGUAGUAAUUCGCCUAUAGACUACGUGGUGAAUGGAGUCAUUCGCAAAUAUUACCUAGCCAUUGAAAAUGUCAUGAUUCCAGGUCGGAGAGAAAGCCUUGUUGGAUUUGUUGGAUAUACUGACUCAAGAUUCAACACAAAGCAAAUGCGAACGAGAAGUGAAGAUUAUCUAGGAACACUGGGCCCACUGUUAAAGGCAGAAAUUGGAGAUACUGUGAAAAUUGUUGUGAAAAAUAACGACACACACCCGCAUUCUCUGCAUCCAAACGGAGGAGUUCGUGUCCACAAAUACAACGAGGGUGCUUUCUAUAACGACUCAGUUGAAACAGCACCAAUCCUACCAGGUCAUUCGAAAACGUAUUUCUGGACAGUCUCCGCGUUUACUGGCCCUACAGCUUACAAUUUACCUUGUAUGCCAGGCUUCUACACUUCCGGAGUUGAUGUCAUCAACGAAGUACACAGUGGUUUGAUCGGGCCCAUAUUGAUUUGUCAAAAUGGAUUACUACGGAAUAUGGAUCCGGGGAUGCGAGAUAUUUUUCUUUUCUACAUUCGAAGCAAUGCCAAAGCAAGCAACGAAAUCCAUGGAUUGAACGGCUUCCCGUCUAAUGCCUUCCCGCGAAUAGAAAUAGAUGUUGGAGAUACAGCCAACUUCCACGUCAUGAAUAUCGGAUCUGAUGACACAGCGUCUUCAUUGUUUGUUGAUGGUAUUUUCCUAUCGCUAGGUGGCACUCGAAUAUUGACUCUCGGACUGCAUCAUGGUCUUAUUAAGUCCGUUCAGCUUCCUGGCCAUAAAGAAGGACAAUGGAAAAUUAUAAAUACUGCCGGUGAUGAAUUAUCCUUCAGUGUCCGAGUGGGCUCGGGUUUAGAAUCAAGGGAUCCUUUGACGUCGAAUGUUAACCUCACGUUUUACAUUGCAAUUAAAACGGAGACGUUUGACUAUACCAGCAGAUAUUUCAGUACGUCAGAGUGGAGGGGUUUGCAGACCGGGGAUUAUAGAACAGGACCAAAGUUCAAAAAGGCAAUGUAUCAAUGCUACAUACGCGGAUUUUACUGGCCCUGUAGGGAAACAUCAAAACAGCCACCUCUACGUGUAACUGCUGGCACGAAUAUCAAAAUUAUGUUUCAAAACAACAGCACCCGAAACUUCUCGAUGUAUUCUCCUGGAGUAGUAAUACGCCGGUCAGACGGUGGAACGCGUAUGGUUGUACGACCCAUGGAACAAGUAGAAUUCAUAUGGAGCAUACCAGAGUCCAUCGGUCCCGGAAGUGGAGAUCAAGACUGUGUGAUGAGAAGGUAUUAUUCUAAUGUGAAUUCGGAGCGAGAUGUAGCUACUGGUCUGAUUGGUCCACUGAUCGUUUGUCGUAACUACGCAGGGACCAUCGCCGACGACACGGUUAACAUGCCAUUGCUUGUCGGUGUGGUCAAUGAAGCGAAAAGCUGGUACAUCGAUGAAAAUAUUCCAGCUGGUUAUUCGUCAGUAAACCGUAGCGAUCCUAGCUUCAUCAAGAACAACAGGAUAACUGUAAUAGGUUACCGUUCUGCUGCACUUGAUUGGAUUAAAGAAGGAUACAUCAACAAGAGAACGGGCUUUUAUUUACAUAAUGUUGGCGAUGAAUUUCAUUCGAUCCACUUUCAUGGCUGCAUCAUCACUGCUAGCAGUGACGUAGAACUAAUUGGGCAGAACGUUGUCUCUCUCUUCCCUAGGGAAACUAAACACGUAAUCUUCUCGUGCACACAGGUUGGGAGCUGGCAAUUUGUAGGCAUGAGAUACCAAGACACAAAACAGAAUCAUAAGCUCGCUGGACUGAUUGAAAUCAUUCCAGAACUAACAAGUGGUAUUAGUUAGAAUUAUGAUUUUCGAUUCUGAAUAGCAUUACUAAGAGUUUCGAGAUAUCUAUUUGCAUGAGGGUUUCAAAACGUUGAAAGUAUACAACCUAAAAAAAGAAUAUUGAUUUGAAGAUAGAUCAUACAUGUAAGGGCAUCUGAGCGAUAUGAAAUAUUUUGUUCAUAACAAUUACGACAAGGAAUUUUAACCGCAAUUCAAUUUGGAACUAAUCUAUAGAAAAUACUUAAACUCAUCUUAUUAGCAACAUUUAUACAGUGGUUUUUGUACUGAUAUUUUUUAUACAUUACUUGCAAAUAGAAAAGAAAUUCAGAUAUACUCAAUACUAAUUAUCUAUUGACCAAGUAGCCGUCCAUGGCCGCUAGUUGUUAAACAUGUUAUUGUAAAAUGGUAAAAAUGUAAACAAUUUAAACCCUUGUCGAUGUUCCCCAGUCAACAUAAUCUCACAAUAUCUACAUUAAACAAUAGUGAUAUCCAGCUGCUUGUUCAUAGCUUGUCAAUCAUAAUUUUGUACAGUGGUCAAACAGGUAAUCAAUCAUCACAUACAUUGAGUCAAAUGGUUGUUUAUUCAAACGACAUUACACAAUCAAGUUAUGAUAAGUACAUUAUAUAAAAACAUCGCAACAUAACAAUUACAUAAUUUAACAUAACAUUUUCUGACAUAAACUUUGAUCACUGCAGAUGAGAGUCACCAAGCAUACAGAUUGGACCAUACAAAAUCAUACAGAUUGGACCAUACAAAAGCAUACAGAUUUGACCAUACAAAAGCUCACAUUCACAUAGUGGCCAAAUAAUGACAUAACAUGCAUCCCAUCCUAUGUAUAUUCAGUAUUCCGAAUACAGAUUGUCCGUACUUUACAAGUUGUGCCGUCGAGAGAUUGUUUUUUCACACUUGACUGACAGAAGUAAGCUAUUUGUAGAGAGAAUGCAAUCGAGUCAAUUUUAACCUAGAAUUUAGUAUUACCAAGCUUUAUGUUAUGGAUUGAUUACUUAUACCACACUUGUUCCAUAGGUAAAUAAAUACUCUGUUCUAGUUUUGUAAUGUAUAAGUAACGAUUUUAUUCUGAUAUGUGUCAAUUACCUAUACUUUGUAACGUAGCUCUGUUUCCCAGAAUGUAAAUUUAUAAUAUUGAUUAAAGUACUAAAAUGUAUUUUGAGAUUCGGUCGAAGUUUGCUGAUUUAGACAAUCUGUAAACAUUUAUUGUCAUACAAGGACAAAGCUGAAGGAGUGUCUUAAAGGUGUUUUUAGCUUCUUGUUUCUUGUGUCAUUUUUGUUUUUGUUUGUUUGCAUUAUUUUUAAUGUGAAAUUGUAUAUAAAUAUGUGUUUAUCUUCAUAAGUUACACUUAAAUUUCAAUUUAUAUAUAUAUAAUUCUAUGAUUUUCCUGAAUAAAAUCAUUGCAAAUAUU